AUGGCAACAGAGCAGAUCCGGGUGGCGGUGGAGACGAAGGACCGCGUCGCUCAGCACAGCCACGACCAUGACCCCUUUGCCCACCACGUCCUAGACGCCCCUGUAACAGAGGCGGUGGCCGAGCUGACGGAUGACCGGCUGGCGGCCCAUGGCGUCAGGAUGCCCGAGGAUGAGGCGGUGUGGCGGGAGGAGCUGGAGGAGGCGGUGCAGGGCCUGCAGGCGUGA